AUGGAAGAAGUUCUUCAGCAUAUUGGCAACGUCAGCCACACCUGGUUUGAUUUUCAUGCGGAGUGCAAGAACAUGCGGUGGGACCGCCUCAGCAAGUUGCUGCAUCAGCUGCAGCAGCAAAUCGACAGCCAGGGAUCUCUGCGGGUUUUGCUGCUGCCUGAAGAGAUAGCAGCAGCAGCAGCAGGAGACUGUCCCGUGCCUGGGUGGCAGGUGGCGCAG